UGGAAGACUUAGACCUACCCAUGCUCAGAGCAAUUAGCUUGAUGACAUUUCUGUGGUGUCAUGUAGCUCACUUCUUCCUCUAAAUUGCUAAAAAGGUUUUAGUAGCAGCGUUGCGUGUAUGUUGAGAGCAUAAUUACUACUAUUUAAAAUAUGUUUUCAAUAAAACAACAAUGUAUUGACAAUUAAAAAGACAUAAAAAUCAUCCAAAAAAGCAGAUUUUAAAAAAUGUGCUUUAUCUGUUAUAUUUGAUGGAAAUUGGUUAUCAGGAGGGGGAACAAGAGCUAUUUGGUAUGUUAAAUAACAGUCAGGAAUCGCUUUUAAUAAAGCUAAAGACACAUUUUGUCUCAGGACAGCCUGAAAACAAGGAUAAGCGACAGUGUAUAGAAAAUACUUGUGUUCGCUUGUUGUCACAGCAACAUCGACAGCGGGUCUGCUGGUCACGUGCUGAGGUUUCCAUCCAAUCACGUUGUCCAUUUUAUGUGACGCAAGAGAUUCAAAGUUGGCAAAUUGGCAACAACCUUUCCGUCCGUAGUCCGGACGGAAUCUGAUCAGACACGUUAAGCGUCUAAAAGUAGUUGAGAUUUCAAUGUUUUUGAACCAGUAAAUAUUAUAUCUGUUACGGGUAAUGGAGGGAAGAGUUAUUGGAGCAGGGCCGUACAGGGCGACAAAGCUGUGGAAUGAAACCAUUCAACUCUUCCGUGGAGGUAUGCCAUUAAGAAGACAUUGGGCGCACUUCCGCUACUAUGAUUGCACUUUCUCAGGAUCCGAGGCUGUGGAUUAUCUCAAUCAGCUUCUCCGGCACAAUUGCAACUUUGGGCCAGAGGUGACUCGCUACCAGACCUUGCAGCUGCUCAGGAAGUUUCUCAAGGCCCAUGUCAUUGAAGACAUGAAGGGACGCCAUGGGACGGAGGACUUUGAAGAUAACAGUCAUUUGUACAGAUUCCCCACUUUGUCUCCCCUCAAGUCUUUUCCAUCGAGAUCCCUGUCGAGAAACAGCCCUGACCUGCCAAGACUCAUCCGCUGGGAUGACUACGAAGAACUACCGCAGCAGGAAAACACUGCACUUGUGAAGUCUACUGGCAUGACUUCCGAUUUUUGGACCAAAAGGCACAGUGUAGCGAUUGGGGAUGUGAAUGAAUGCAAGCUCAUUCGCAGAAAAGAUAUCACUCCCAAGCAAGUGGAUAACAUCUGGAAAUCAAUGACUGCUUCACAUUUACAGCGAGUGCUGGGUCUAACGACAUUGGAUGGUGUGUUAAAUCCAGUUCACGUGAAAGGCAAUCACAUAGUUCACAACGUCUUCAACGUCAAUAAGUCGGGCAUAGUUGUGUUGGAGAACAAUUCUGAUGACAUGCCUUACUGGGUGAUAUCAGCAAUGAAAUGCUUGGCCAACUGGCCUAAUGGCAAUGAUGCCAAACAACCAGUUUACCCAGGAUUUGAGAGGGAUGUCCUGAAAACAGUAAUUGAUUACUAUCAGAGACUUAAAGAACCCCUCUUGACUUUUCAUCUAUAUGAAGUCUUUGUCAACAUUCUCAGUCUCCUACAGAAACAAGAAUUGGCCACUGAGGCUCUUCAAGUGAGCACUCUUUUGCUGCCGCCGCCCAAUCGAAGGCAUCUUCAGCUUUUGCUGAGACUCAUGGCGCGGGUCUCUCAGAACCCCCAUCUGCCACCACUCAAUGACACUAUUGCCUCCCGCACACUGAUGGUGCAGAUGUUCUCACACUGUGUUUUGGGCUCCCCGGAUGAGAUGGACUUGGAUGAGCUGCUUGCCUCAAAGCUGGUCACUUUCAUGAUGGAGUACCACAACACCAUCUUUCAAGUUCCCGACAAGCUGCGCCACCAAGUUGAGGAGCACCUUUCUCACCUCCGAAGAGUUCAGAUUAAAUAUGCAGGUUCUGACACAGACUUCAGCACAUCUCCAGCAUUUUAUGAACAGAUUAGCAAGGUGGAGUCGGAGGAGCCGAAGGUGAUCGGUACCCAGACUCCUCUGCAGGACCUACUGGAAGGCCUGAUCUCUGACAAAGAACUUCCCCCCAAGGACAAAAGGAAGAGACUUAAACAGUUCCAAAAGUCAUAUCCUGAAAUCUACCGCAAACGAUUCCCCUCUGAGGAAAGUAGAGCAGCUGUCAUACCUGAGAAAAACCCUCGCCUCAAACCUCACCGAAUGUUUUUCAACCUCAAGAAACCCUCUAACCCUUUUCAGAGGAGCUGGAGUUUUAGGGCAUAAACUACCACCGCUUGACUCUGGUUUAGUUUUAAGCAUGGUGCGUUUCUCCGAUUCCUGACAUCAAUGGUUGUUUGAAAAAACAGUUUCACAAACCCUCAGAGAAAGGUUAACGAAAAGGUUGUAGGCAGGUGCAGCCGCUAAAGAUUCAAAUACUUUGUGGAAGCUUGACUAGCAGCUAGGUGCUGGGGUGGGAAACUACCAAAGGAGGAAUAUAUCUGACCUUCAGUCAUUUUCUCUUCUACUCAUACUUGAAAAAUCAGUUCAGUAUUAAGUAAUAACUACCCAAGACUGUUUAACUAGUGUGGUUAAGAAGGCCCGAAAAAAGAAAG